AUGUCAACCGAGACAGGAUCUGGGCGGAUCCUCAGCAUCCAGUCGCACGUGGCUUACGGCUACGUCGGCGGAAAGGCCGCCGUCUUUCCUCUGCAGUGCUUGGGCUACGACGUCGAUGUCGUCAACACCGUCAACUUCUCCAACCACUCCGGGUAUGGCCGCUUCGGAGGCACCAGGACAUCCGCAGCCGAUCUCGCGCAGAUCUUCGAGAUCAUGGAGCAGAAUGAGCUCCUCAACCCUCAGCGGUUGCUCACAGGAUACAUUCCAGGUGCCGAAGCUACGGCCGCGGUGACCGCCCUGGCAGAACGACUACGCAAGCGCAACCCCAAGCUCAUCUACCUGCUCGACCCCGUCUUGGGUGACUCAGGGAAGCUCUACGUCUCACCGGACGUCGUGCCCAUCUACCGCGCCGCGCUCUCGCUCGCCACCAUCAUCACACCGAACUGGUUCGAGGUCGAGGUGCUCACGGACGUCAAGAUCACCGACCGCGCCUCGCUCCGCCGCGCGCUCCGCACCCUGCACGACACCUACCGCGUCCCGAACGUCGUCAUCAGCUCGAUCCCGCUCGCGCCGUGGCUCCGCGCGCUCCUCGCCGCCUCCUCCUCCACCCCAGAGGACGACGCGGGCCUGGCGUGCAUCGCGUCGAGCGCGCCGUCGGGCUCGGUGCACGCGUGCGCGGUCCCGUGCCUCCCCGGCUACUUCUCCGGCGUCGGCGACCUCUUCUCCGCGCUCGUCCUCGCGCACUACCGCCCGUCCUCCACGCCCGGGGCGGGCAUGGAAGGAGAGACGCCGCUGUCGCGCGCGGCGUCGCUCGCGCUGUCGAAGACGCACGCGAUGCUCACGCUCACGCACGCCGCCGCGGGCGCGCUGCCGGCGGCGGAGCGGACGGAGACGGACGCGGAGGAGGACGGCGCGGCGCCGAUGCGCAAGGUGCUGCGCAUGCGCGGGCGCGAGCUGCGGGUCGUGCAGGGGCAGGGCAUCAUCCGCGGCACGGCGGCCGGGGUCGCGUACCGCAGGCUGGAGGCGUGGGCGGGGUUCUGGGACGAGGGGUGA